UCGUUGCUCCGUUUAACAAGUAACAACUAACAGCAGACCAGAGUCCAGAGGCUGAGAAAAUCAUAAAACCUUAAAAGAGAUCGAUCAAUCCUCCUGGCACUGCAUUGGUUUCUUUCUCUUGUUGCCCAUGCACAGUUAUUUAUCAGGAAAUCAACUAAGAUCGUGUAGCGGAAAGCAUGGCCAAGCAUCAUCCAGAUUUGAUUAUGUGGCGGAAGCAGCCAGGAAUUGCUAUUGGACGACUUUGUGAAAAAUGUGAUGGAAAGUGUGUAAUAUGUGAUUCCUACGUGCGCCCUUGCACACUUGUUCGAGUUUGUGAUGAAUGCAACUAUGGAUCCUUUCAAGGUCGCUGUGUUAUUUGUGGAGGAGUGGGUAUUUCUGAUGCCUACUAUUGCAAAGAGUGUACACAGCAGGAGAAAGAUAGGGAUGGAUGUCCAAAAAUUGUCAAUUUAGGGAGUGCCAAAACAGAUCUAUUCUAUGAACGUAAGAAAUAUGGUUUUAAGAAAAGAUGAUGAGAAUUGGAUGGACAUAUGUGUACUGCUAUUAAACUGCUUUUUAUUUUCUCAGUUUGAGAUGAAGAAUCUUGAUAUGUCGGGAUUAUGAGCAUAGUAUAGACACAUAUGUAGGCUUUUACAUUGCUUUUAUUAUGCUUAAGCACUGCUGAAGACGGCAGAUUUGAAAUGCUGGAGCUAUUUUAAAGUAUUGAGUUUGUUUUCGUAGAUACUACUGAGUUUUCACUUGUUAUUUACAAAAGCUUCUGUGAGGACUA